CCUCCCCUUCAGCCGACUUGUAAACGUCACAAUGUUUGUUGAAUGGUGUAAACAAAGCUGCCAUGCAACUUGCUGAAUCCUAGAGCGGUUAAUUUAGUUGUGGAGUAAGUUCAUCGCACCAGAAACAUUCGCGAACGUAGGAAGUUUAACGUACGACGAUGAAGGAAAAGACGACGGUGCGACAUUGGUUGCGGAUAUUUUACGCAUUGUUGUGUGUAAAUAGCGUUUUCGCAUUCCCAGAGCAGGGAAAAUGGGACCUAGUGUUAACAAAGCGGAACACGUAUAUUCCAAUACCGAAAUCACUUUACGAUGGGUUUAGCAUCUACGUGCAGGUAACUUGUGAACCGGCACCAUCCCAACCAAAUAACAAUGCGGAAGUCCGUGUAAACAUAUCCUGGAGCCUACGAGAGUUGAAAUGUUGGCAAGAAUAUGUCAGCUAUUCCUACCUACUGCAAGACGAGCGUUUUCCAACGAGAAAUAAUGUGACGCAGAUUGAUUCCACCGUAUACCCGAACGUAUGCAGCAACGAUCGACACAUCGUAAUUCCCGAAACAAAAUUAGCUGAGGCCAACAAUCCAGCUCCGGCACCAUCUAGACGCAGCGUUGGAGCACCAAGCAGUGAACAACAACCCGUAUUUACGGUGUCCAAGGAUGGACUUUACAUCUUUAUUCUACGCAUCGAACCAGGGGAUAAGGAAAGCUUGCGUUCGAAUGGAGAGUUGGACAUGUUCGGCGAGUACACGGCGAGUGUCCAUGUGGAAAUAAGACGUCCAAGCGGUUACUUAUCGGCAGUGGAUUGGCCAUUGCUACCGUUCUACGGAGCCAUGUGUUUGGUGUAUGUUUUACUGGGUAUCGUUUGGUUGACGGUGUCUUUCCUACAAUGGAGAGAUUUGCUUCGCAUACAGUUCUGGAUUGGAGGUGUGAUUCUGUUAGGCAUGCUAGAAAAGGCCAUGUUUUACGGUGAAUACCAAAGCAUCAAUUCCACCGGAGUUUCCGUGAAAGGCAUGGUGCUUCUAGCGGAAUGGGUGUCAUGCGGAAAACGAACAUUGGCCCGUAUGCUUGUCAUCAUAGUGUCCUUGGGCUUUGGAAUAGUGAAGCCCCGAUUAGGACCCAUGUUACAUCGUGUGGUAGGAACGGGUGUGCUGUACCUAGUACUGGCGUGCGUAGAAAGCUUCCUCCGUAUCAUGCACACGAAAAAUGAUCCCAGUAACCAAAUACUUGUGGCCAGUAUACCGCUCGCUGUACUAGAUUCGGCCAUCUGUUGGUGGAUUUUCACUUCGCUCGUUCAAACCACACGCACUUUGCGUUUACGCCGAAAUAUGGUGAAGCUCUCUUUGUAUAGACAUUUCACCAACACACUCAUAUUUGCCGUACUAGCUUCCGUAGUAUUUAUGCUGUACUCCAUAAAGGUGCACCGUUUUGCGGAUUGUUUAACGGAUUGGAAAGAGCUGUGGGUCGAUGACGCGUUUUGGCAUGUACUGUUUUCCACCCUGCUGCUCGUAAUUAUGAUUCUUUGGCGACCCACUAACAAUAACCAGCGUUACGCAUUCACUCCACUUCUGGAUAAUCCUGAAGACGAAGAUGACGAGGAAGAAGAACAAUUCGUGUCCGAUGCAUAUGGUGUAAAAAUGCGAGGAGCACGAAGCAAUUCGCCGAAACCGAACGCUAAAAGUCCCACCACGGAUGAGGAAAAUUUGAAAUGGGUUGAAGAUAACAUCCCGGCCGCUAUCGCUGACGCGGCACUUCCCGUGUUGGAUUCGGACGAGGAAAUAAUCAACACCAAGUUUGAGGUCUCCAAAAUGCAAUGAAAUGACACACGUGCUGCAUGAAACAUCCUAUGUUAUAUAGUAUAUAGUAAUAUAAGCUUGCCAGGUAAUAAUGAAACAUUGAUCGAUAAUUGACCUUGAUGGUUUGGGUUCAGCUCGCUUACAACUAGGACUACAUACAUGUAUGGACGAGGAUAUCUAAUCAGCAUUACACAGACGGCCACUCUGCUUGAGUUCUUUGGUGUGUACUCAAUGGGUGGAAUGUACGGUGAUACUACUUCGAACGGCACUAGUCAAAACAUACGUUUAACAGCAACGGACACACAACAUUGUAUGAAGACGAAACGGAAUCUUGACCGGAUAAUACAAUUUACGGGACCGCAUUGGGAAACGGGGUAUGAAAAUUGGAUUAAUUGUGAUGUGAGUACUACUAUUCCUCUCAAGUAGAUUGUUUUGUGUAAUGGAUCAUGUUUUUGCAUUAACCUCAACAGAAGUCUGAUUUGUUAUGAGUUUUGCUCGUUUUAAGACCAAUUUCUUGGCUUAAUUUUUAGGUUUGGUGUUUUAGUAUUUUUUUUAAUUAUUGGUAAUUCAGUCCUGCUUCUUAGACCAAAUCGAUUCCGUGCGCGCGCGUAUGUGUGUGUCGUUUUGUUUGCAGACUGAAAACAAAAACUGCAGACAAAACAGACCUUUGGCACAGUAUGUAUCUCUUGAGAUUGUUUCCUAGCUGCGCGUUUCCUUUGCGCGUAUGCAUUUCUUUUCCGGCGAAUCCGGAAACCUCGUACUGUCUUUAGGUGUUAGUGAGAUAACACAUAAAGUAAGAUAGUUUAAUAAAAAUACGUACCUUAAUUCAAGCUUAA